AUGUCGGGCCGUGGAAAGGGAGGCAAGGGGUUGGGCAAGGGAGGUGCGAAACGACACCGUAAGGUGCUCCGGGACAACAUUCAAGGAAUCACGAAGCCGGCGAUUCGCCGUCUGGCUCGCAGGGGCGGCGUCAAGCGCAUCAGCGGCCUGAUCUAUGAAGAAACUCGUGGCGUUUUGAAGAUCUUCCUUGAGAACGUGAUCCGUGACGCCGUGACCUACACCGAGCACGCCCGCCGGAAAACGGUGACGGCUAUGGACGUCGUCUAUGCUCUAAAGAGGCAGGGCCGUACUCUCUACGGAUUCGGCGGUUGAGGUGUUUUAUUGGUGGUUGCUAAUUAGGUUUAGCCUUAUCAAUGUAUAGUUGAAUUAAUCGAAAGAUUAGGUUAUGUAUUUUUCGAAUUGGGGGUUUUUGUUUGUAUCAUUUCAUUUCACAAUCUAAUGAAGUUUCAACAUUUCCAAUUAAA